CCGAGCAAUGACACAGAAUAUUUAGAAUUUUCUGAUUCCUAAAUAAUGAAAACUAAUCGCAUUAAAUAUUUUCUCAGAAGAAUUUAAUAACAAUUCUCAAGCCUAAAACAUCGAUAUUCACGUCAGCUUUAUCCCACCCCUAUUCUUUGAUCGCGCAUAAUUAUCUUCGUCUUUGGUCGUGUAUUACUGAUCCGAUCAUAAUUCCAAUCUGCUCUAUCGUUCUGUUCUAAAAAAUGCUAAAGAAAAUUCUACAGAAGUUCGAAAACCCGAAAAGGCCUUUACUAGGACCUAAUGUCAAAGCAUUACGAUUUUGGGGCCUUUUACUCCCAAAAAAUGUCUUCAAAAAAUACUUCUACAUCUCCAUGCAUAUAUUGGUGACAGUCUUCACAGCAACGGAAUACAUUGACGUAUGGUUCGUUAAAUCCGACAUGAACUUACUUCUAAACAACCUGAAAAUCACGAUGCUGGCAACAGUCAGCGUCGUCAAAGUCUCAACAUUUUUAUUCUGGCAAAAAUAUUGGAAAAGCAUCAUCGAUUACGUCACAAAGGCAGAUUUGUACCAACGGAGGACCACGGAUCCGAAAAAGCUGGGACUCAUAAACGAUUUUACGAAGUACUGCAGGAAGAUAACGUAUCUGUACUGGUCGUUAAUGUAUACGACUGUUAUCAUCGUGAUGGUGCAGCCUAUCUUCAAGUUUGUUGCGUCGGAGACCUAUAGGGAAAAUGUGAGGAAUGGGACGGAUACCUAUUUGCAGGUUGUUAGUUCCUGGGUGCCUUUCAAUAAGAACACUAUGAUUGGGUAUUUGGCUGCGUCUGUUUACCAAAGCUACGCGGCGAUUUACGGAGGUGGUUGGAUCACGUCCUUCGAUACCCAUGCUAUGGUGAUAAUGGUUUUCUUUAGAGCUGAAUUGGAAUUGUUGAGGAUUGAUUGUAGUGAAAUCUUUGGGAACGAAGCGAAUGAUAUUGAACAUGAAGUGGUCAUGAGUCGGCUGAAGGAUUGUCAUAGGAGGCAUGUUGAGUUGGUGAAGUAUUCUCGUCUAUUCGACUCUUGCCUAUCGCCUAUUAUGUUGCUGUAUAUGUUUGUUUGCUCCGUAAUGCUAUGUGUUACGGCCUAUCAGAUUACUAUUGAAACGAAUCCAAUGCAACGGUUUUUGACCACGGAGUAUCUAGUGUUUGGAGUCGCUCAGUUAUUUAUUUACUGUUGGCACAGUAAUGACGUAUUGUUUGCUAGCGGUGAUCUGUCUCAGGGUCCUUACGAGAGUAUCUGGUGGUCUAAGGAUGUGAAGUACCGGAAGGAUUUGUUCCUCCUAGUGGCGCAGUUCAAAAAGAUAGUAGUGUUCUCAGCCGGGCCUUUCACUAAGUUAACUGUGGCUACUUUUAUUAGUAUCCUGAAAGGCGCCUACAGUUAUUACACGCUCUUGAGCCAGUCACAAAUGAAAUAGGAAUCUGUUUCUAGAAUAUAUUUUUUCUCGUAGCUUUCAGAUUUUG